UGGUGUUUUUUACCGUAUUCUACUGAACAAGUGUCUGAAAUUAUUUGCAUUGGAUGGUAAACAGUAGAAAAGUGCAGCCCUAUGUGAGUAAUGCACACACGUUUCUGCACAUUAUAAUCCUAAUGCAGGAUUUGUGGUCGGGCUGUUGUAUUACACGGCAUUACUUUGACCUGGGUGGCCUGGAUGAGCUGAGCACUAAGGCUGGCACAUUUGUAUCUAAAGCAGAAUACAGGUUGGUGCUAGAGGUUAUUUGUAGGAGAACAUCCAUUCAGCUGAAGGAAGUGUCCUUGCAUGCCUUACAAUCUCCAUUUGGCCGCCAAGCUCGGGAAAACCCUCUUGGACCGCAACCGCGAGCUGGAGCAAGGGCUGCAGCAGAUGUACUCCACCAACCAGGAGCAGCUGCUCGAGAUAGAGUUCCUGGCCAGGCAAGUGGAGCUGCUGCGUCAGAUGAACGACCAGCAUGCCAAAGUUUAUGAGACGUUGGACCUGUCCACCCGGGAUCUGGAGAGGAGCAACCAGAGACUAGCACAGGACAACCGCCUGGCCCAGAACAAGAUCAACAGUCUAACUGACUCCAUAGACGGCCUACAAACCCAUGCGGAGGACCUGCAGAACCAGGUGGAGGCGCUCAUGUCGGCCCAGGCGGAGCGAAACAAGCAAGGAGCCAACAUAGACCAGCGACGCAACUUGGGGGCACAGAGCGUUUCCUGUCUUAAAGAGCUCCAUGAUGUGCACCAUGACAGGUGUAUAUCUAACAAUAGGCGGCAAACGGAGGAACCUCGCUAUGACUGCGACCCAGAAGAGGAGCGUGCCACGCUUCUUCGCUCAGUCCAGACUCUGCAGGGUCAGUUAGCCGCUGAGAAGAGCCUGCGGGAGGCGGUGGAGCGCGAGAACGAGUUCACAGCCAAGGAGAAGCUAGGCCUGGAGCAGCGACUCGGCCUGCUAGGGGCCUCCCGGGCCCGGCAGAUGGAGCUGGAGGCCCGAGUGGAGCAGAUGAGGCUCCUGUGGCGCGCCGACUGUGCCGACAGGAAUCCCGAUCAGCUGCUGCUGCUGCCUGACACAAUGUUCUUCACCUCAGAAAAAAAACCCAAAGAAGGUCAAGGAGAGACAGAGGAGGCGUACCGCCAUCGGCCAAGACGUAACAGUGACGGCUCUGCGAGGGAGAUGAGCACAGACGAUCACGACAGGAUGUGCGUACGGCGAGCGGAGGUGGUGAAGCAGAGGGGCAUCUCUCUGCUCAAUGAGGUGGAUGCACAAUACAACGCACUGCAGGUGAAAUAUGACGAACUCCUACAGAAGUGUCAGCAAGCAAGCGUCGGGCUCACCCACAAGUCCGUGCAGACGUCAUGCAGUCCUUCCGCCGGCAACCGGCCCCACCGCCACCUGUCCAGCUCGACCAGAGAACUCACGAUGAUGUCGGAGGAGCCGGAGUACAAAGUUCUCUUCAAGGAGAUCUUCACGUGCAUCCAAAAGACCAAAGAAGACCUGAACGAAAACAGACUUCUAGCCAGCGACAGUUCUGCUAGGAUGUGAUUGUAUCGCUCCUCAAUCCUGGCGUUGUCAGGUUGCUUUCAGACUAGCCUGGCGUGUCAGUGUGCUUUUUAAACAUGCACCAAUCUGCUAUUUAAAUGCCACUUUGCUUUAGUCAGUCAGCACUGAUCAUUUUUGUUUAUGUGAAGUAUUGAAAUUAUUGAACUAUUAUGUGUAGCUGAAAAUCUCCAAAUAUUACGUCCAUGCAUAUGAGCUUUUAGCUGUUGUGUGUGAUUUAUGCAAAAAAAAAAAAUGUUGGAAUGUUGUAGUAGGAAGGAAAAAGUACAUACAAACUUGAAACUGAUUGUGAUAAUUAGCAUUGAAGGCUAAUUGUUUAUUUUUGUACGGUGGCAUAGUUUGCACACCAAGUGCAUUCCCAAGCACACGUAAGCACUUUUAUGAACAGAUGAAUGGGUUAUUUAUUUUUCACAGGUGUUCGGUAAAGAUGAAAUGGUAUUUAUUGUGGUGCAAUGUUAGUUAGUGUUGCUACGUAGGACAGUGGAAUUGAGUUGAAAUGUCUAUUUUUGUUAAAUCCUUAAAACAUUUACGAUCCCGAAAUGAAAAUGCGCACUUUCCACUUUCUUUGUAGAGGGAUGAUGCUUUUUGUGUGGAAGUAAAAUCUAAUUUCAUGUAAUUCCAUGUAAUAACAAACAUUAUGUUUAUUGGACUUUACUAAUACAGAAAAGUGCAAUAAAGAAUAUGAGAA